AUGAUUGGUACAGCUUACCCUUUUGCCCUUUCUGGCUCGGAGGAUGUCUCUCUGCCACUCUUGGGAUUACCAACCUUUUCUAGGCAGCCCAGACACAAAACAAAUCUGACAUUAACCUGGUCCUUGCCUCCUUUCCCUUACGUCAAGCUCAAAGUGGACGGCUCCUCGCUUGGGAACCCAGGCAUUUCGGGAGUGGGAGGCAUCAUUCGAGGCCACCAUGGCCAGGUAAAGGGGGCUUUCUCCUCCUUCUACGGGUUUCACACAAAUAUGGAAGCAGAGGCUAUGGCACUCUUGGAGGGCCUUUGGCAUUGCAAAACCUUGGGAUCGACAAAAGUGAUUGUGCAAAUGGAUUCUCAGCAAGUGCUCAACUCAGUAAACCACACCUCACCUUCACCAUGGAGGAUUGACGGUGUCUUAAGGCAAAUACGACUUGAGUUAGCCACGGCUGAUUUGGCUACAGGGAGAUCAAUUCAGCAGCUGACGAACUCGCAAAGCACACGGCUAAUACCAGGCAAUCUGCCACGUAUGAUGCAGCAACGCUCCCAAAAGGCGUAA